AUCGUGUACCUGUACAAAAUAGCACGUCUGAUAUGAACUGUGUGAUUACAAAAAGAUCGAUUCUGGAAUCAAUUCUGUAUCGAUGUCAAUCCGGCCAAGAAACUCGACCGACUCGCGGCAGGUUCAACUCUGUUUAUCAGAUUUAUUGCAUUUGUUAUCGAUUGAUCACGGAAUGUUAUGUAAAACAAGAUAAAUUAAAAAUUGACAUGGCUAAUUACAACAAAAGGCGAUACUUAGCUUACUUAUGGGCAGACGGUAUUCCAAUGCCCAAAAGAACUCGAGAUCGUCGGCGAAGAAAUGAUGAUAAUGAAACGAAUGAUGAUAUUGAUAAUCAACGUGCAGAAGAUCAAUUGUGUAAUAAUAAUGAAAUAAUGAAUCAAGAGCAAGCCAAUAGGUAUGAUAAUUACAUUUGUGAACUACGAGCUAACCAAUUCGAUAACUUUAAUGUUAAUGAUGAUGGUAAUAAUAAUCCUGACUAUGACGAUGACAAUGAUCGAGAGAAUUUGGCAGAUAUUGAUUAUUAUCGAUUGGACAGUGAUAGCGUUACAAGUGAACAAGCGAAUGAAAUCACGGAAAAUGAAACAGAUUCUCUGUUCACAAAAAAUAAUUGUUUUGAUGACGAGAUUCAAGAUGAUAAUGUUGAUAAUAACGAUGAUGAGGGACAACAAAAAUUGUAUUGCGGAGCACGGAUUACGAAGCGUGAAAGCGAACUUCUUAUUAUGUCUUUUUUUUUAAGAUAUUCUCUUCCAGAUAGAAGUUGGGAGAACUUUUUAAAAUUAAUUGAUUACCAUUUGCCAGAGUCAAAGUAUUCAACAAAAUAUCGAUUUUUCAAGAAAUUUCCGAAAACGAAAGACUUUGAUAAGCAUUACUAUUGUGCAAUAUGUGAAGACUAUUUAGAGAUUCCAAAUAAUAAUCAACAAGUAUUAUGCGCAUGCGGAGUUGUAAAUAAUAAAAAAGAAUUAGAGAAAAAGGAGAAAUAUUUCCUUACAGGGAAAAUAUCGGAAAAAUUAAAAGAUAUUUUAACCGAUAAAAACAUCGUUAAUCAUCUUCGCAAAAGUGAAGCUAGUGGAAUAACGUCGGGCAGAAUAUAUAAAAAACUGCAAAGAAACGGAGUAAUUGGAGAAAAUGACAUAACUCUGCAGUUCAAUAUUGAUGGUGCGAAUAUUUUCAAGUCGUCAAGAAAAUCACUCUGGCCAAUACAAGUAGCGGUGAAUGAGUUACCCUAUCAAAUCCGAAGAAGUAACAUGAUUUUAGCUGGGCUUUGGGUUGGCGACGGUUCACCUCGAAUGGAUGUAUAUUUGAAGCCCUUUAUAAAAGAGAUAACACAAUUGCACGAAGACGGAAUUAUGUGUCCUAUUCUUGAAAAGGGAGAUGUCAACAUCAAAGUUCAUACUUUGAUCGCAAUUCUUGACUCCACUGCUAGACCGAAAAUACAAGAAUUUAACCAAUUUAAUGGUGAGGGUGGAUGUUCAUUUUGUCUUAAUCUCGGAGAGACAAUGGAAAAAGGACGUGGUUACAUUCGCAUUUACCGGCCAUUUGUUGGGACUCUUCGAACUUCUCAGCAAGUGUUUAUUGACGCAGAAAAUGCUAUUAAUCAAAAUAAACCUAUCAAUGGAGUAAAAGGAUUUUCCCCAUUAUCAGUAGUGCCUAUUUUUGAUGUUGUUCGGUCAUUUGUUCCGGACUACAUGCAUGCCAAUCUUUUAGGAACAAUACGAACCUUUUGCGAAACAUGGUUUAAUAGUAUUUAUCAUAAUCGACCGUGGUAUAUUGGUAACAAAAGAAAUGAAGUAAACCAACGGCUUUUAUCAAUAAAACCGCCUACGGAAAUACGACGCACACCUUCGAGCAUAGAAAAGCGAGGUUUAUGGAAAGCUACGGACUGGCGAAAUUUCGGGAUGUAUUAUUCAUUAGUAGUUUUACGCGGUAUAUUACCAACUAAAUACUAUGAACAUUGGUUUUUGUUAGUCUUCACUUUACGUUUACUAUUAAAAGAGAACGUAACUGAAACUGACAUUGACAAAGCCAAGUUAAGUAUUCAUAAAUUUGUGAAACUAACGGAAACUUUAUAUGGGCCAGAAUUUUUAUUAUUUAAUUUGCACCUCCAUUUACAUAUGCCAAGAUGUGUUAGAGAUUGGGGUGCACUGUGGGAUAGUUCGGCAUUUAUGUAUGAACAUGGUAAUGGCAUUCUAGUGCAACUUUUCCAUGGUACAGGAUCUGUCAUAUCUCAAAUUUUUAAGCGUUAUGAACUUACAAAUUUCCUUCAAAAGACAGGUCCAAAUGUUUUUAGUGCGAACACAUUUACUCCAGCAAUUGAUCUGUUUGGACAACUCGUUGGAGAGGAAUAUUUUGUGCAAAAUGCGAUAAGAGAAGACGAAAAUUUGGUUCUAUUUGGUAGUAGCAAUGAAUAUGUUCUGACCCAAGAAACUUCACUGUUAAUUGGGAACUUAUUGGGGCAUAAUUUGAAUAAUCAAAACGACGAAAUUCAGGUUUCUAGUUUUAAAAGAUUUAUCUGGAAACAUACAAUGUUCCAUUCUACAUCGUACACGCGAUUAACUAAAAGACUGAAUUCCAUUGUAAAAUUAUUAAAUGGAAAAAUACUAGAAAUUGAUCAUUUAUUGCGUGUUCGCAUUAAUGAAGAAAAAUAUUUUGUUCUAAUUGGUCGACAGCUAAUACCAAAUACUGGCGUAAUAGUGGCCAAUUACUUACCGUUAAAAAUAUCCAGCUCCAAGUUUUUAAAUGUAGUAAAAAAUAAUGGCCGCGUUUUUUGUUGUAUGGUUAAUGAUAUAUAUGAAAAAUGUCUUUGUAUGAAUGUCAAUGGUAUAAUGUAUGUAAGCACAUUAAUUAAUAUUAUUUGA